GUCAGCAUGUUCAAAGUGGAGUGCCAGGGGGAUCCUGCUGCUUUUGUUCUCCUCCCUAGUGAUUUCCCUGCUUCUGGGUAAAGAGCUGCUCUGCUUUGGCUUUGUUCCAGGAAACUCCAGACCUGCCUCAGGAAUUUGAACUUUGAAGUCCUGAAAUUGUAGCUAUUUGAUGACAAACUGGCCUGUGAGCUCCCCUGAGGGUACAAUGCAAGCAAUUCAAACAGUGGAAAAAGAAGUAACUCUUAUAAAGGAAACACUUUUCACAGAAUCUUUUAUAAAGAAAGAGGAACGUAGCAGAUCCACCGUGAAAAAGCAGCUGUGUCAGGAGCAGCCAUUGGAAGGAGCUGUCUGCAGCUUUCAGUGCUGUACUGAGCAUGUCCCAGUAGAGCACAGUGCAAGCAGCAUAUUAUGCAAAAAGGCAGCUCUAGCAGAUGGGGGAGAGGCACAGCAAGCAUUUGCGUCGCUUGCAUCACCACCGCCUGAAAACAAACCUGGAUUGCUAGAGAGGAGCUCGCCGGCUGGCCAAGUGAAUGAAAUCCAGCAGCAUGGCUUGAUUUCUGAAGGGGUUGGAUUGCUAAAAAUCAUGGGGAACCAAGAUGGGAAGCUAAAGAAAAAUACAGGUGAUGUAUGUGAAGGAGGAGAGGAUGCUUCUGGGCCCAAGGAUACAGAAGGCACAAAGAAGGGAGCAGGAAGCAAAAAGGGACUGGGGAAGCAUGGUAAAGGAAGUGAAUCUGGCAAAAAGAAGGGUAAGUCCGACUCUAGGGCCUCAGUGUUUUCAAAUCUGAGGAUCAGAAAAAAUCUGUCCAAGGCUAAAGAUGGGACCAGUAGUUCAAGGGAGGAUGUUUUAGAAAGCCAGGCCUUGAAUACAGGGGAGCUAGACAGUGCUCAUUCAAUUAUUAACAAAACUCCGGAUAUAAGCCUUUCUGCAGAUGAAGCGGGUCUCUCGGAUACAGAUGUUGAGCAUUUUGAAAUUACAAAUGAAACUCACCCAGCUGCUGCAGAGGCGCAGGAUGGACAAAGGACCAGCUCUGGCUCCGAUACGGAUAUAUACAGUUUCCAUUCAGCCACAGAACAAGAGGAUUUGCUUUCUGAUAUCCAGCAAGCUAUUAGACUGCAGCAACAGCAGGGGGCAAUUAACAUUGGAACUGAGGAGCAUGUCACCAAAACAAUGGACCCACACAUGGCUAAUUCUCAAGCAGCCCCCUUAGAUCUUGAACGGUUUCUUUCAGUGACUAGCAGUGACAAAGAGAGUAGCCCAGAAACUGAGCAGGCUGUCUCCGCAAUAUCUGAAAUUACAGAAAACAUUCCUAUCAGUGAAAUUGAAAGUGAACUGAAAGCUACAGCAAAUGUAACCGGGUAUGCUGGUAACCAUUUAUUUGAAACACAAGAACACAAGCUAUGGACUGUUGAACAGGAACAUCUUGAGGCUGGAGUGAAUGCUGUAGCUAGUGAACUCAAGGAUUACCCACAUUUAAAUGUAGCAGUGACAGAAAAUGGGUCUCGCAGUGACAGUUCUGCGUUCCAUUUUCUGUUCCCAGCAGCAGAUUCGGAGACUAAAAUUAGUGAAGUACAAGCUGUUGUUUUCCCAGGUUCUGGAAGAGAUGAUGAUUUUUCAGAUGCAGGCCAUGACCAUGCUGCUGAGACUCAGGAAGGCAAAUGCAGUCUAUCAGCCAGCCAAGAGGCACUGGAGAGUGGUUUUUCUACUGAAAUGAAAAAUGGCACUUUGUCAUCUGGGGAGAUAGUGGGCAGUCCUCAGCUCAGUUCCCGAUGCUUUAAGCCCUAUCUAAUUAACCCAUGUUACAUCAAAACCACAACUAGGCAGCUGAGUUCUCCCAAUCAGUCACCUUCUCUUUCCCCAUCCCAGAGCCCACUUUUUAAGAGAAGACGCGAGUCCUUCCAAAGAAAAGAGAAGGCAUCAGUCAAGAAGCAAAGGUCCGUCAGUUUGGCUGGUUAUUUCAGUCGAUCAGCAGACUGGACAGAAGAGCUAUCUGAUCACAAAGGUGAAAUAUCUAAAAAGAUUGGCUCUGCAGACUUCUUGGAGUACAGGAGGUCCAGGGAGAGAUUGCAAGAAGAAAAAGAGCGUUUGACUCACUCAAGAAAAUCCUCAGGGAUCCAGGCUUCUACUGAUACCUUUCCCAAUGUCUUUACAGGGCGAACUCUUCUGGAAAAACUGUUCAGCCAGCAGGAGAAUGCCCCACAGGAAGAAGCAGAAAAGCUAUGUUCUAGGAUCAUUGCGAUGGGGCUCCUACUUCCUUUCAGCGAUUGCUUCAGAGAACCAUGUAAUCAGAGUGCGCAGCAGAGCACGCCCACGUUUGAUCAAGACCAGCUUUAUACUUGGGCUGCAGUUAGCCAACCCACACAUUCAUCGGAUUACAUCGAAGGGAGGUUUCCAAGGAGAAUUCCAUCCGUGUGGCCACCACCCAAGCCUCCUGAUGAGGAACAAAAACUCAAACAUAUGGAAGCAGAGGACAGUGAAGAGUUUGAAGCAGCUAUCUUGGAAACGCAGAAACAAUACAUAGAGGAUGUUCAGCGGGUACAGGGUGAUUUUGAGUUGAAAUCUGAGGAACGUGCUAAUGUAAUUCAGCAGCUGGAGCAAACCAUUGAGGAUCUGAGGACCAAAAUUGCAGAACUGGAGAAACAGUUCCCAGCAACAGAGGCACAGAUUCCUUUAAGAGACCAAGAGAGUCAGAGUGGACACUCGGUUUGUGAGGAACGUGGUAAUGUGGAUCUUCAAACAAAUGAAGAGAAUGUCCUACCCAAAACUGUUUUACAAGUAAAAUCAGUACAGACUUCACCAGUAGAAGAUUGUUUUACACACUCAAAGCCUUCAGCCAACACACUGCCACAGUCUCCUCCUCACCUGGAAGCAGAUAAAAUUGAAUGGCCAUCUCAACAAUUGCCAACUCUUGAACCAGAUCCCACAUAUUGUUCUGAAGUAUCUUUAAUUCUGUCACCAAAAUUAAUCUCGAUGCAGCUGGAUGAAAGCCAGUCCACAGAAAGUACAUCACAGCCACCUCGUCCAGGACCUGACACGGAUCUAUCCUCUUUGUUUGAAGAAGCGACUGUAUCGCCAGCUCCCCAUCAGUCUCGAAGUACUGAGAGUGUCACUUGCAGUGAAUGUUUCUCUUCUGUAUCCUCUGAACCCACUUGUAGCAUCCCACCCCCACUGCCUGGCACAGAACUAUCUAUUCCCCUGCCUGGAGCAGGAGGCUCUUCUUUCACAUCACGCUUGCCUGGUGCAGGUGUCCCAUCCCCACCACCUUUGCCUAGUUCAGGACCUUUCUUGCCUUUGGCUGGCACAGCAAUGCCACCCCUGGGCCCCUCAUUGCCUGGCAUAAUUAUGCCACCUCCUCUACCCCCACCUUUGCCUGAUGGAGUGAUGCCACUGCCUCCCGCUCCCCCAUUUCUUCCAUGUGCAGGAAUCCUACCUCCAGCCCCUCCUUUGCCUGGGGACGGAAUACCUCCAGCCCCUCCUCUGCCUGAGGACGGAAUACCUCCAGCCCCUCCUCUGCCUGGGGCCGGAAUACCUCCAGCCCCUCCUUUGCCUGGUAUGGGAAUCCCUCCCCCUCCUCCACCCCCUCCUUUGCCUGGUGCUAGUAUCCCAUGCCCACCUCCUUUGCUUGGUAUGGGAAUGCCACCCCCGCCCCCACCUUUGCCUGGUGUAGGUAUACUGCCCCAUCCCCCACCUCUUCCUGGUAUGGGGAUGCCACCCCCUCCCCCACCUUUGCCUGGUGUAGAUGUAGGAAUGCCGCCCCCUCCCCCGCCUUUGCCUGGUGUAUGUCUACCACCUCUACCCCCACCUCUUCCUGGUGUAGGAAUGCCACCCCCUCCCCCGCCUUUGCCUGGUGUAUGUGUACUACCCUCACCUCUUCCGGGUAUAGGUGUACCGCCCCCUCCCCCACCUCUUCCUGGUAUGGGGAUGCCACCCCCUCCCCCACCUUUGCCUGGUGCAGGUGUCCCACCCCCUCCCCUGCAUUUACCGGGCAUGGGAAUGCCACCCCCUGCCCCACCGCCACCUCCACCUGGGGCAGCUCUUCCACCACCAGCCCAGGGAGGCUUCCUGCCAACUUUUGGCCUUCCACAAGUUUGUGGGGUUCUUCCUCCUCCAUUACCAGUUGGUUUAUUUGUAAUGGGGAUGAAUCAGGAUAAAGGGAGCAGGAAACAUGCAAUAGAACCUUCUCGACCCAUGAAGCCUCUUUAUUGGACAAGAAUUCAGCUUCAUAGUAAAAGAGAUUCUAAUGCUUCGCUUGUGUGGGAAAAAAUUGAAGAGCCUUCCAUAGAUUAUCAUGAGUUUGAAGAACUGUUUUCCAAAACAGCUGUUAAAGAGAGGAAGAAACCAAUUUCAGACACCAUCACAAAGACAAAGGCUAAACAAGUUGUCAAGUUAUUAAGCAACAAAAGAUCUCAGGCAGUUGGAAUAUUAAUGUCCAGUCUUCAUUUAGAUAUGAAAGACAUCCAGCACGCUGUUGUGAACUUGGACAACUCUGUGGUUGACCUAGAGACCCUUCAAGCCCUCUAUGAGAAUAGAGCACAAUCAGAUGAACUGGAAAAAAUAGAAAAGCAUGGCAAAUCAUCCAAAGAGAGGGAGAAUGCCAAAUCUUUGGACAAACCUGAACAGUUUCUUUAUGAACUCUCACUAAUCCCCAACUUUUCAGAACGAGUAUUUUGUAUCCUGUUCCAAUCAACAUUUUCAGAAACCAUUUGCUCUAUCCAUCGCAAACUUGAAUUGCUACAGAAACUGUGUGAGACAUUGAAAAGUGGGUCAGGAGUUAUGCAGGUUCUGGGUUUGGUUCUCGCAUUUGGAAAUUACAUGAAUGGUGGAAACAGGACACGGGGACAAGCAGAUGGGUUUGGAUUGGACAUUCUUCCAAAGCUGAAAGAUGUUAAGAGCAGUGAUAAUAGCAGAAGUCUUCUAUCAUAUAUUGUCUCAUAUUAUUUGCGUAAUUUUGAUGAGGACGCUGGAAAAGAGCAAUGCAUCUUUCCUCUUCCCGAGCCACAGGACCUCUUUCAGGCUUCACAAAUGAAAUUUGAAGACUUUCAAAAAGAUCUUCGCAAACUAAAAAAAGAUUUGCGAGCAUGCGAGACACAAGCGGGGAAAGUUUAUCAGGUAUCACUAGAAGAGCACAUCCAGCCUUUCAAAGACAGCAUGGAGCAAUUCAUUAAUCAAGCUAAAAUCGACCAAGAAAAUGAGGAGAAGUCACUGACAGAAGCACAUAAAAGCUUUUUGGAAACUGCAGCCUAUUUCUGUAUGAAACCAAAAAUGGGAGAGAAGGAAGUGUCACCUCAUGCUUUCUUCAGUAUUUGGCAUGAAUUCAGUUCUGACUUCAAAGACCUCUGGAAGAAGGAAAACAAACUUAUUUUGCAAGAAAAGGUUAAAGAAGCAGAGGAAGUGUGCAGACAGAAAAAGGGGAAAUCACUUUAUAAUAUAAAGCCAAGACAUGAUUCUGGAAUAAACAGACGCAGCUCAGGUAGUGGCAGUGAAAAUUUCCCCACAGUGCCCUGCCAAUGUGCCUUAUCCCCCUGAACCUGGAAGAGACAGACCUUUGCUGAAAGCAAAGAUAAGUAUGAAGAUCUGAGAGAAGAAAUGCAAAAGCCAUUGCCACUUGAUCAGGAAAACUCAACAUGUCUGUUGGGCACGGGAAAGGAAACUACAUCAUUCAGAUCAUUGUUUUCUUCUUGGCCUUUCAAAUUUGCUUUUUGUUCUCUAGAGUUUCCCACUGAUAGAUGUGUACUGUACAUUCAUGAAUGAAUGUAAUCACUGUAAUUAAGUGCCCAGCAAUAGAUUAGUUAUGGACAUAAGACAAGUUCCCUAUAUCCCAUGCCUCGUUCUCCACCCAAAAACUGGUAUUUUGUAAAGUUUGUGGUCUAAUACCAGUAGACCAAACCAGCAUGCCUAAGAGGCAGCAUCUGCAUCAGUUCUGAACAUGCUGAAAAUUCUAUUAAAGUUGAACUUCACAAGAAUGCUACUUGAUACAGUAAAAUAUUUCCAUUCCUACUGGCAACAUCUGUCUAACACAAAUACUCCAUGGCACUGCAUUUAGAUUAGGGAAAGAAAUGUUACUUCUAGUGAAUUGUUUGUAUCCGUUUCACGUCGACAUUUGUAGUUUGUAUUUUGAAUCGUUAAGUGCUGUUUAUACAGUAUAAUCAAUGCUUUCUCAACUUGUUUGGUUGCCCACCAUGACUAAAUAUUUGUGGAACAAGAUGUUUACCGUAACUAUCUUUAAAAUCGAUAAGGCAGCGUAGUUUUUCUUCAUCUUUUGCCAGAUAGUGAAUAGCAGGAGAGGGGAGUUGGAAAACCUGAACCAAAAACAUUUAAGUGACAAGCAGUAAACACAGAAAAUCACAGGAGUACUUCAGAGGAUAAAAGAGGAACUCGGGCACUAUAGCUUGCUAGCAUGUAAAGCAGCUGAUUUGUAUGCAGAAAAACUUAAGGGAUAUUACAGUUAUAUUGCUGAUUAUUUGAGUCAUAUAGGAUUCUCAGGACUACGAUGUUUCUAGCUAGACUUCCUUUCUGAAUUAUCUUUUCAAUUAAUUUAAGACUCCCUUUAACAGGGAUAUAAAAAGAUAUAUAUAGGAAUUGGCAUUAGAGAAAUACAGUAGUCAACUCUAGUAACAAAACAAUGGCGAUUGACUAAUUCAUGUCAAUUUCACAUUUAACAUCAGAGUCAUAAACUUUGCUCUCUAAGUAGUCCAUAUCAUUGGCUAGGAGGCAAUGGAAAUCUGUGAUUAUGCCUUCCUUUUUAAUCCACAUGAUUAAUUUCUAUUUGUGAUCUGGAAAUUAACUUAAGGAUUUAUUAGUUUUGAUUUGUUGACCCAAUAAAGACCCUCUGCCCCAGAUGUAACUACUGAGCCCAACAUGAAUUGGCCUUGUAACCAUUCUCUUUCAAAGCACUGUUUUCUUGGAAACAGCAAUGUGUGGAAUAAAUUGGGUUCACAUGCUCACAAUCUCUUAGCAUCGAAGACACAGGGGUAGCAUAAACCUCUGAGUGGUUUGAGGUCUAACUUGCUGGGGUGGAUUAUUCCCUGUCUAGCCUAGUAUAUCACAAGGCAUUCCUGGCUGUCCAGAGGCAAAUAUACUGUACCAGGUGUCAUAAGGGCAAUGUAAAAUAUGACCUCAGGAAUCCAUUGUUAGUCACUUAUACUAAGCACUAGACAAGAUGUUCUUCACUUGUGUGAAAAAUAAGUCUCCUGUAGCUUGAUAAAACUAUAUGAAAUUCUGUGUUCACGAUAAUUUCUGGCAAGAAUAUGAUUAUCAAGAAUUGAUUUCUAAAAUCGUGUUGUUGGGAGUAAUGUUACUUCUUGCAAAAGGAAAAGAGAUUUGCUGUUAUGAGUAACCUAUGGAAAGUAACUUAAAAAUAAAGUUUAUUUUAAUGGCACUGAUUCAAACCCAUGUUUGUAUUUAUGUAAACUAUAGUCUUUUGCUCUUAACUUUUGCAUUUAUUUUUAUUUAAGUGCAAGGAUACAGUCGCAUGUUUUGGUUUUGUAGCCUUCCUGUUCCCUUCAGUACCAACGGUAUGUAUAUUACCAUACUAAAUGAAAUAAUAGGAUAUCUAACAGAGAUCGCUAUGUGCAAUACUGUAUUUAGUGUUUCUACUUCAAUUUUUUUAGAAUGUUAAUUUAUAUGAAAAUAAAAGGAAUAAUGAGA